AUGGCCGAAGGAGUGUUCCGUCACAUCGCUGGCGCUCAUCCCUCCAUCGGUGAGAUCGAUUCCGCCGGUACAGCUGCCUACCACUGCCUCGAGCCCCCCGACUCCCGCACCAUGUCUACCUUGCGCCGCCAUGAAAUUACCGACUACGAGCAUGCCGCUCGCAAAGUGACAAGGGAAGAUUUCCUCACCUUUGACUACCUGCUUGCUAUGGACAAGUCGAAUCUCCGCGACCUGCAAGAGGUGCGCGACUCGGUCAUUGCGACCCUGCAGAGGAAGACUGACACCAAUUUACCAAGCUCGAAGAGCGCGCGGUCACACGUAGACGCUGCCAUCGGUGCAUACGGGGCAGAUGCGAAGGUUGCCGAUGUGCGGUUGUUUGGUGAUUUCGGCAAGGGUGGAAAAGUCCAGGAUCACAUUGGCAGCGGUGAGGUAGUGAAGGACCCUUACUAUGGGGGUGCUAAUGGAUUCGAGGAGGUCUACCAGCAGGUUGUGAGAUUCUCCCAAAACUUCGUGGAAUUCUUGGAACAAAACCCCCAUUGA